AUGGGUAAAUUACGUAUAGCAAUUAUUGGUGCUGGUCCAUGUGGUCUUGCACAAUUAUCAGCAUUUAAACAAGCUGAACAAGAACAACAAGUUGAAUUAGUCUGUUUCGACAGACAAUCGGAUUGGGGUGGUCUAUGGUUGUAUACAUCAAAAAUUGGUAUCGAUGUUAAUGGUGAACCAGUUCAUUCAAGCAUGUAUCGUCAUCUUUGGUCAAACAAUCCAAAAGAAUUAUUUGAAUAUCCUGACUAUACAUUCUAUAAUCAUUUUGGUUGUUAUCUACCAUCACAUUUACCACGUGUUCUUAUCUAUGAUUAUUUUAUUGGUAGAGCAAAAGCAAAUAAUCUUCGACAAUUUAUUCGUUUCAAUACAGCUGUUCGUCAUGUUGAUUUUAAUGAUGAUAAAAAAGAAUUUUCUGUUGAAAUUGAAGAUUUAAAUACAAAUUCAUUUGAAUGUUUAUCAUUCGAUCGUGUUAUUGUAGCCAAUGGUCAUUACCAUAUGCCGAAUAUGAUUGCUAUUGAUGGAUUAGAUCAAUAUCCAGGUCGAGUUAUUCAUUCACAUGAAUUUCGUGGUGCAGAUGAAUUUAAAAAUCAGAAUUUAUUAAUUAUUGGUAGUAGUUUUUCUGCAGAUGAUAUUGCUGUACAAUGUUAUAAAUUUGGUGCUAAAUCAAUAACAGUGAGUUGUCGUCAAAAACCAAUAGGAUAUAAAUGGCCUUCUGCAAUAAAAGAUGCAGCAAUGAUUACUCGUAUAGAUGGUCAAACAGCUCAUUUUAAUGAUGGCUCAAGCGUUGAUAAUAUUGAUGCAAUUAUAAUUUGUACUGGUUAUCGUCAUUCAUAUCCAUUUAUGUCUAGACGAUUAUGUUUACAAGCUGAUGUUACUGAAUUUGUUCCAGCGAAUCUUUAUAAAAGUAUUUUUUGGAUUGAUCAACCAUUUGUUGCAUAUUUAGGUGCUCCGAGACAAAUUUUUUCAUUUCCGUUAUUUGAUGGACAAGCUGCACUUGUACGUGAUGUUUUUCUUGGUCAUAUUAAAUUACCAGAUAAAAAUGAAAUGAAAAUCGAUGUAGACAAAUGGCGAACAAGAGAAAAAUCUAUGUCUCCUACUGAUUUCUUUGCUAUGGUUGAUCUUCAAACUGAUUAUAUGAAGGAUAUUAUUAACUUAUUACAUACUUAUAAAAAUAAUCAAUCUUUAUUAACAUUUGAUUUUGAUAAAGGUGGUGAGAUGACAAAGAGAUUUCUAACAAAUAAAGUAAAUGAUAUACUUCAUUAUCGUGAUGCAUCUUAUGAAUCGAUUGUUGAUACAAACCACAGUAAAACCAUUGAUAUUUGCAAAUCAUGGAUUGAAAAUAUGGAUGAUUCAAUGGAAAACUUAUUAAAUGAUUAUCGAAAGAUAUUAUAA